AUGCUUCACCAUCCAUUACUCUACCGUUCAAGAACCGCCGCUCAACCAACACCGCUCCUCGCUUCGAUUCUCUCCGCCACCGCCAACAAUCCCGGACGCACUUCCCUUGCCGGAAAUUUCUCUCGCCGUGAUAUCCGGUUGAAGUUUAGUAUGCAAGCAUCUGGAAGCAAAUCGAAUAAUAGUGAGGUUAGGACAACUAAUGCUAAUGCUCAACAAGAGGUGCAUAAGGACGAAGCCUUCAAAGUGAUGGAGACCAGACCAUCGUGGGAAAUUUCUCCAGGCCAAGCAUUUCCAUUAGGUGUAUCACAAGUCGACAACGGGAUCAACUUUGCUAUAUUUUCACAACAUGCAACUGCUGUCGCACUUUGUUUGGUCCUUCCUGAAAGGGAAAGCAUUGAUACACUGGAUGGUGGUAUGAUAGAACUGGCUUUGGACCCUCAUUUAAACAAAACAGGGGACGUUUGGCACAUAUGUAUUGAGGAUCUUCCUGGGAGCAAUGUUUUGUACGGGUAUCGAAUAGAUGGAUCUCAAGACUGGGGUAAGGGGCAUCGGUUUGGCAGAAGCAUUGUGCUUGUUGAUCCUUAUGCAAAACUUGUUGAAGGUCGUAGAUAUUUUGGGGAUAUUAGCAAGAAGUUGUCUAAGUUUCUGGGCACAUAUGAUUUUGACAGCUUGCCUUUUGACUGGGGAGAGAAUUAUAAGCUUCCAAAUAUUGCCGAGAAAGAUCUUGUUAUAUAUGAGAUGAAUGUCCGUGCAUUUACAAUGGAUGAAUCUAGUGGAUUGGAUAACAACAUUCGUGGAAGCUAUCUUGGUGUGAUUGAGAAGAUCCCACAUCUUCUAGAGCUUGGUAUCAAUGCAGUGGAGUUGCUGCCUAUCUUUGAGUUUGAUGAGUUGGAAUUGCAGAGGCGUCCGAAUCCUAGAGAUCACAUGAUUAAUACGUGGGGUUAUUCAACAAUAAAUUUCUUUGCUCCUAUGAGUCGCUAUGCUAGUGCUGGAGGAGGACCAGUUAAUGCUUCCCAAGAGUUCAAGCAAAUGGUUAAAGCCUUACAUUCUGCUAGCAUAGAGGUUAUUUUGGAUGUUGUCUACAAUCAUACUAAUGAGGCUGAUGAUCCCAAUCCUUACACUACUUCGUUUCGUGGCAUAGAUAAUAAGGUUUAUUACAUGCUAGACGACAAAGGACAAUUGCUGAACUUUUCUGGCUGUGGAAAUACAUUGAAUUGUAACCAUCCUGUGGUCAUGGAGCUAAUUCUUGACAGCCUAAGACAUUGGGUCACUGAGUAUCAUGUAGAUGGAUUUCGAUUUGACCUUGCAAGUAUAUUGUGUCGAGGAACUGAUGGUUCACCCCUCAAUGCUCCUCCACUCAUCAGGGCAAUUGCUAAAGAUGCAGUCUUGUCCAGAUGUAAAAUUAUUGCAGAGCCUUGGGACUGUGGUGGUCUCUAUCUUGUUGGAAGUUUUCCAAAUUGGGAUCGAUGGGCUGAAUGGAAUGGGAAAUAUCGUGAUGACGUACGGAAAUUUAUCAAGGGUGAUUCUGGUACCAAGGGGAGCUUUGCAACUCGUGUUUCUGGAUCUUCUGAUCUUUACAGAGUGAACAAGCGCAGACCAUACCAUGGUAUUAAUUUUGUUAUUGCACAUGAUGGAUUCAGUUUGCGUGAUCUUGUUUCAUACAACUUCAAGCACAAUGAAGCUAAUGGAGAAGGUGGAAAUGAUGGAUGCAAUGAUAACUUUAGUUGGAAUUGUGGUUUUGAAGUCCUAGGUUCACCGAACAAGGGUUUCCCUCCCUAUUCACUCACGACAUGCACAAACUUGUUGAAGCAUGCUCUUACUGGCGCUUCCAACAGCACAAACACAGCGACCGAGGCUGCACUGAAGACUCAACAAUGA